GAUAAAACAUGGAGGGGCAUUCAAAUCACAACGCCCGCAAGAUUAGUGGUGCUGAAACUGGGUCUUUCUCUCUUUCUCUCUCUGGCAGACUCGAUGUGUAUGGCUCCGAUCGUUUAUAUCCUGGGCCAGCCGAACCGGCAUAACGGUAGUCUCCGUCUCUUCCUUACGGUACUACAACGCCCCGCUUCAGAUAUCACACUUUUAUUAUCUCAGGGAUAGAAAGAAAGUCCGAAAAGCGAUACGUUUUUCUCUACGAGCCAUGCGACUUCGAUCCGCAUUCAUUUCGCUCGUUAGUCUGGCCGGUCAUGUCACCCAGGGACAAUUUCUCCGUCGCGACGGUCUCGCCACCAAUGAGACGGAAACAUAUCGGAAGGGAUAUCGAUCUGUGGCGUACUUUGUGAACUGGGCAAUCUACGGCCGUCUCUACAACCCCCAGGAUCUCCCGGUUGACCACCUCACCCACGUUUUCUACGCCUUUGCCAAUGUGCGACCGGAAACGGGCGAAGUCUACCUCUCUGAUCCCUAUGCGGAUAUAGAGAAACAUUACGCCGCCGAUUCAUGGUCCGAUACCGGCAACAACGUCUACGGCUGUAUCAAGCAGCUCUAUCUUCUGAAGAAACGGAAUCGGAACCUGAAGGUCCUGCUGUCUAUCGGAGGGUGGACGUACUCCGCAAACUUCGCACAGCCAGCGAGCACGGAUAGUGGACGGAAGCAAUUUGCGCAGACGGCUGUCAAGCUGCUCCAGGACCUGGGGCUGGACGGCUUGGACAUCGACUGGGAGUAUCCUGAAAAUGACCAACAGGCCCGCGACUAUGUCCUGCUACUGCGGGAAUUGAGACAGGCUCUAAGGGAAUACAGCAAUGGUCACGCGGGAGGGAAGGAAUUUCUGCUCACCGCUGCAUCUCCUGCUGGCCCUGAAAAAAUCAACGUCCUCCAUCUCAAGGACAUGGACGACUUGUUGGACUUUUGGAACGUAAUGGCUUACGACUACGCGGGCCAGUUCAGUGCCUAUUCUUCGCACCAAGCAAAUAUUUUUGACGACCCAUCCGUUCCGAACAGCACUCCUUUCAAUACGGAUCAAGCUGUCCAGCAAUACAUCGAUGCUGGAGUGCCGGCCGAUAAAAUCGUCCUCGGCAUGCCGUUAUACGGGCGAUCAUUUGUCGGUACCGAUGGACUGGGAAAGCCGUUCACCGGUGUCGGGAGAGGCUCCUGGGAAGCAGGGGUCUGGGACUAUAAGGAUCUGCCGCAACCUGGCGCGGAAGAAUAUGUGCUGGACCGUACAAUUGCAAGCUACAGCUAUGAUCCGGCUGCAAAAACGUUGAUCAGCUACGACACUCCGCGCUCCAUCGAGCAAAAGGUUCACUAUAUUGUUUCCAGGGGCCUGGGCGGGGUGAUGUGGUGGGAGAGUAGCGGCGACAAAUCCGGCAACAGCAGCCUCAUAGCCACGGCAGCCAACGCUCUCAGACAGGCAGGGUGUCUAGAGCAAAGCGCGAAUGUCUUGGAAUACUCGAUUUCUCAGUACGAGAACCUGAAGGAAGGCAUGAUAUGAGUGAUAGAACACUCACAACGGUCAUAUCCUCAACCGGAUUACUACUGCCUUUGGCCUCAGACAGAGCGCUACGAUCAAGGAUACUGGUGCGCUACUUCUGCGUUGCGCCGUAAGAUGGUUUCGUCACUCACCUGCACUUUUAUACUUCUAAGAUACUACUUUGCUUUAUAUGCCACCUCCAGGCCUGGUAGGAAAUCUUGAUGAAUAACUGACAGUAUAACCUGGAUACUUUAGGUCAAGCCUCGGGUGAUAAAAUAAAUUCCAAGGAUGUAUAGACCUGGAAUACUCCAGAGCUGUAGCAUGUCGCGGCGGGCGUCCGACAACGAUGCUUGGC